AAUGCAAUCGACCAACCCUUCAAGUCCUCUUAGACCAUCUACUGCUUCCCCAAGUAUCACUAUUUUACAUAAAAUCAGGUAAAUCCAUCGGACCCUAUCGCACUGUAUUUUUAUAUUGCAAUAUCUCUUGUAGAUUAUUACUACCUAUGCUCCAUUUACUACUCUUUAAAAGAAUUCCAAAGUCGAAGAUUCUCCAAUAAAAUAAGUGAAACCCUUUCAUGACGAUAAAUUGAUUAAAUCCACUAAAUUAAUUAAGCCCAAUCGACAAUUGAGUAAAAGCCACUCUAAAAGUUCAGAUAAAAUUAUCAUAAAGGAUAUUAAAGACGAAUCGUAAUAUAUAGGUUCUUAUAAUGGAAAAGUGAGAGAAGGAUUCGGCAAAUUGUUUAAUGCAUAAGGCAUCUUGGUGUAUGAGGGAUAAUGGUUUAACGAUCAAUAACAUGGCAAUGGAAUUCUGUACAAUCACGAAGUAAAUUCUUAAUUCACCAAAUAUGUUGGACAAUUCUAGUAUGGAUAUAAAUAUGGAGCUGCCAUUGAGUAUUACAGAGACGGUUCAAUGUAUGUCGGUAAUUUUGAAUCUGAUUGUCGAAACGGAAUGGGAUAACUAACCAAAAAAAAUGGAGAAAAGCUUAAUGGAUUAUGGUUAAAGGGUAAAUUGAUUUCUAGAAUAUGAAUUUUUAUUAUUUUUAAUUGAAUUAUAUUAAUAUAAAGAUGUUGAUUCUCAUAUCCAAAUUUUCAGAGUGCCAAUCAAAUUUGAAAUGUGAUCAACAAAUUCAGACAUUCACUAUGCAAGUAUUACAAUCUCCAUUUUAAAUCCGUGACUCAAUAACUACAAUUUUGAUUUAAUAACAAACUAUUUGAGCUAAUAUAGUAAUUUAGACACUAUAAUUUAGGUAGAUUGAUAGAUGGAAGAUUAAACGAUAGUUUAAAAAUGGAAAAGUCUAUCUUUUUAAGAUUUAUUCAUAAACAAGGAAAAUUUUAGAUGAAAAAGGGAAAUAUGAAAAUUACUUAGAAGUGAUAAUGAUUUGACUAGAUUUCAAAAUAAAUCUGGAAACUUUUGAAAGUGUUACCAAGAGGUCUUGAAAGUCUAUUUACAAUUGAUCAAUAAUUAGUAUUAGUCUUAUCAAAUAUUUAUCGUGCUUCCAGUGUCUGGAAAAAUGUUAAAUUAAAAAAAUGA